UCUCGCCCUCUGCUGUGCGGGUCUCUCUCUCUCUCUCUCUCUCUCUCUCAGUAGACGACUUCCCGUGGCCCGUUGCUCAACAGUGCUGAGGUCCCUGUGUCGUCAUCCAAAUAAUCCUGAACACAAUCGGCACACGAUCAGAAUGCAACAGCGAUUCCUCCUCUCAUCCAUCCAUCGAUCGUGUCCUCACGUGUAUGUCGAAUGAGGCCCCAGCAAAGGGGCUCCGCAGCAGGGGAUGCCGGUAGUACGUAUCUGGGAUGCACACACACACAGCACAGCAGGGACGUCCGUAAGGUGACCAAUUCCUGCCUGCCGUCUGUGUCUCCUACCGGUCAUUCGGUAUCCCGUCUUGUAGUUCUGCGCCUGCCCCUCCUUCUGCCCAUCCUUCUCCUUGUGGCCCUCCUUGCUGUCGCCCUUGCUCUUGUUUGUGGCCUCGUCGCUGGGUGACUGGUGACUCUUCUCGUCACGAUGCGUCCGGUAGUCUUUGGAGAACUUCUUAUGGUUUUGGUAGAAGUCGGUCGACAGCUGCUGGGCGGCCCAGGGGAUGUUGUCGAGGGCCGGCACCACAUACGGAUGACGCAGCGCAUCGGCAGCGGUAAGACGGCGCUUCGGGUCUGACGAGACACGACAACAAGGUGGUUCUCCUGGCGAGUCACGACUUUAGUCGGGUUUACUUGGUUCGAGGAGUUUCUUGAUGAGGUCUCUGCACUCCUUGGGCGCGUGUCUGCAUGCCUUUGUGGAGUACUGGCCCUUGAGGAUCGCCCGCGCGACGUCAUGGUCCUCGAACCCUGCACCAAGCACAUUCCGGUCUGGUAGACAGCCACCCAUGUGUCAGCAUCCACGCUGAGGUGAGUGUGACCGACCUGUGAAAGGCGUGAAGCCCGUUAUGAUCCAAAAAAGGGUCACGCCUGCAUUGGCAAAGGAAUAUCAUGGAAUUGGCUGUCGUCUCGUGUGUCUCUGGUGGAUGUUUGCAUACCGACGCUCCACAUGUCAGCCUUGCGGCCGUAGUCGCCUGCCAACACCUCGGGCGCCAAAUACGGCAGAGACCCAGAACUGAAGACACAUACACACACACGUACACCAAGUGUAGCCACCAAGUCCUGAUGAUCUUUGGAGAAGGCCCCAUUCGCAACGUCCCUUACGUGUCUGAGAGUCCAGCAUGUUCGCACUCGGUUUCGACAGCCAGGCCAAAGUCCGACAGCACCAGGCGGCCCUCAUUAGUGACAAAGAAAUUCUGGGGCUUGAUGUCUCUGUGUCAUCCAUCCCAUCCAUGGGAGGACAGCAGGAAAAUGACACAUGGAUGCCUCAUUCCAGUCAUGUUUGAUCCCACACCUGUGGCAGAUGUUGAGUGAGUGGAGGUGAUGGACGGCCAGCAGAAUGUGCGCCGUGGCCUCUGUCACUUUGGAUGCAGGCCAGAAGAGGCAAUCCACGCUCUCCAGGUCAGCGUCGUACCGCUCCAUGACUGCACGUAAGGGAACGGAACACACACCGUACAGGAGAGGCCAGACGGGUACCUGCUUGUCGGAAGCUCUACUUACCAAUGUAGCAUGACGCGUCGUAUAGGAAGACGUCGUGGACUAGGACGAUGUUGGGGUGCUGCGCGAGCUUCAGCAGGUACACCUCCCGGUGGAUCUCCUCCGGUGUCAUCUUGGACUGACGACGCUGACGCCCCUUGAUGUACCUGACGCAGAAAGACAAAAAGUGUCACCGUAUAAAGCCAGGACUGCAGAGAUGUGGGUAUCUGUCCGAUUCACCUCAGGUAGGGGUUAAGCGACUUUCUGUUUUUCUUCUCCUCGGCAGUGGCGGCCUCGUCUUCCUCAAUGGCUGUCUCGGAUAUCUGCGUGAUCUUCACUGCCUGAUGGGAGACAGAGACAGACGUACACAUGGACUAUACCGGUCUGCAUGCUCUAUCUGCGUGGGUCCGCUCACCCUUCUUAUCUUUGCUUCUCCCACAAUGGCUCGAGGAUUCCUCAGGAUGGCCUCACGGCAGGUGGAGAAGCCGCCCUCUCCCAGUUUCUUGCCCAAGAUGUACUUGUCAUUGAAACCUAUUCGCAAAGGACGAAGAUACUACGUGUGCCUUUUGCUUGCCGUGCGUAUGUUCUGCCUACCUGUCAGCUGUCCAUUCUUGUCGGUCAGCCGCCGGAAGACGUCUGUCAGAGAGAACCUCCGUCUGUACUUGCCUCUCCCAGGGCUCCCCUCGGGACUCGCCCCCUCAGGGCCGCCUGGGCUCGUCGGCAUCGUCGACAUGUCACCCUCGCUCACUGGGCUCAAAAACGAACCCCGGCCACCGACAGAGCUGGCCACUGAGCCGCGCCGCAUGCCCCCACCACCCUCCUUGAUGCUCUCGUUGGACCUCUUGCGGAACAUGUUCAUCAGCCGGGAGGCCAGAGAUCCCUCUCUUGGACGGUUGGCCCUCCGAGCAGCGUGCUCCACCGGAGAGCCGGGCAUACUGCCAAGCCGCCCGACACCGCCCUUCUCAGUGACACCCUCAUGCCAGGCGUGUGCCGAUUUUCCAGAGUCAUUGGUCGAGGGGGCCUGAUGCGCACUAUCUGUUGGGGGAGCGACGGUGGCAGCGACGCUGUGGCGGCGCUUCUCCUUGGCUGCGGAGGCAAAGUAGGACGAGGGCACCUCAGACAUCUUGCUAAUGGGGCUUCAAAUGGGGCUGCGGAUGGCGAGAGUAUUGGUGUGUGGCUGCUGCCGACUCACAUACAGGGCGAUAGCAUCGUUUGGCAAGGACCGGGCGUGCAAAAGGAAAAG